UCCACAGGCAGAAGCAACCCAAGAGAAGGAAGGAGAUGGAAGAAGACGACCCAGAAAGUCCUGGAACUGGGAAAAGAUCGAGGAAAGUUCCCCGUCCCAUCCAAGCAGGGAGCGGUGUUGAAUUUGGAGAAAGAGCUGUGCCAGAGAUUUUGGCUCAAGACACUAUGGCCACAGAUGAACGCAGCCAAUGCUUCCGGCAGUUCUGUUACCAGGAGGCUGCUGGGCCCAGGGAAGUUUGCAAGCAGCUCCAUGGACUUUGCAACCUCUGGCUGAAGCCGGAGAGACACACCAAGCAGCAGAUCCUGGAUCUGGUGAUCCUGGAGCAGUUCUUGACUCUCCUGCCCCAGGAAAUGCAGUGCUGGGUCAGAGGAUGUGGGCCGGAGACCAGUUCCCAGGCAGUGGCCCUGGCCGAAGGUUUCCUCCUGAGUCAGGCAGAGGAGAAGAGGCAGGCAGAGCAGAUGUGGGGACGAUCCAUGAAGAUGGAAGCAAAGUUCUCUGAGGAAGAAGGAGGUCCUCCAUCAGAGAAAGGUCAGAGGGCUCAGGCCCAGGAACAUGCCGGAGAUGCCCUCUCAAGUGGCAGUGAAGAGAUGUUGUCGAGCCGUCACUUUUGCAGAGGAGUGGAAACAGCUGCUCCCCCUCUGGUCCAGGUAUGGGGGGGAGAAUGGAGAUAG